AUGAAAACUAUUUUUGAAGGUUUAUGUAAUGAAAUUCUUAUUGAUAUAUUAGAAUAUAUCGCUACACCACAUGAGAUCUAUCAUGCAUUUAGUAAUUUAAAUCAUCGAUUUGAUACUAUUCUUCGAUCUAUUCGAUUAAAACUUGAUAUAUAUGUUGAAGAUAAACAAUCUUUAACAUUAAUUAAUUAUUUUUCAUCUUAUUGUAAUUGUUUAUGUAUUAAUAAUGUUUGUCCAACAAUUUCUCUGAAUAAUUUUUCACGAUUACGUUCAUUAACUAUUAGUGAACCAACAGAUGAACAAAUUAAUUCAAUACAAUCAACAACAUUACCAAUGCUUGAAUAUCUUUCUAGCCCAGCUAGUAUGUUAAUUUUUGAUUGUCUAUUUGGUAAUGAUCAACAACAACAAUGGUUAUUUCUUCGUGUUUGUAAUUUUUAUUUUCCUGUUUUUCCUGAUUCAAAAUUAACUUGGCAACCUAAUUAUACACUUUGUACACUUUUUGGUGUUACAUGCUCUCGAACUACACUUAGUCAACUUCUUUCACUUCUUCCAUGUCUUAAACAUUUACGAGUUGAUAUGAUAGCUAAUGAUUUAUCAAAUUGGAAUUUAAGUAUAUUUGACAAAACCCUUGCUUCUCUACGAAUAGGUUUUCAUUAUAUAAAUUAUGAUGAUCUUUAUGUAUUGAUUGGCCCAUGUUUACAUCGAUUAUAUUUAGAAAUAUAUCAUGAACAGUCUUCUAUUAAUUUUGCUCGUCUAGGUGCUUUACUAACGUCUUUAACAACAAAACUAAAACAAUUUAAUUGUGAUUAUCGAGGAGCAAAGAUCUGUAUAACUGAAAUUAAAUCUGCUCAUUCAUUGUUUCAAAAUAUACAAGCAAAAUCAUAUUCAUGUGAUACACAUGGUGUCAUAUGUGAAGAUAUAAUAUAA